UUGAGAAAGUAGCAAACGAAAGCCAAAAGACUCCUCGGGAUGUUGUUAUGAUGGAGAACUUUCACCAUAUCUUUGCAACGCUCUCUCGUUUGAAGAUCUCCUGCCUGGAGGCUGAAAAAAAGGAAGGCAAACAGCAGUACACAGAUUACCUGCAGUCAUACGUGAUUUACUCUUUGGGACAGCCACUUGAGAAAUUAAAUCACUUCUUCGAGGGUGUUGAAGCCCGUGUGGCUCAGGGCGUGCGAGAAGAGGAAGUGAGCUACCAGCUGGCCUUCAGUAAACAAGAGCUAAGGAAGGUUAUUAAGGAGUAUCCUGGCAAAGAAGUCAAAAAAGGAUUGGACAAUCUUUACAGGAAGGUGGACAAACAUCUGUGUGAAGAGGAAAACCUACUUCAGGUGGUAUGGCAUUCCAUGCAAGACGAAUUCAUACGCCAAUACAAGCAUUUUGAAGGCUUAAUAGCACGUUGUUACCCUGGUUCUGGAAUUACUAUGGAAUUUACUAUU